GAGAGCGAAGUUGUGACGCACAAUUUCCGAUGGUUCUGUAGAAUAUGCUCUCACGAGCUCAAAGCGUUUGGAACGUAUGGAAUCUAAAUUUACAUUUGGCGAACCGUUGACGUUCACGUAAGCUCUGGAUUCAAUCAUGGCUUUCUUGUCGACCAGCCUCCCCAAUUCGAUACCGAACCAUACCCACUGGGUCAAACUAACCUAGCGAUCACGUUUUAACAUUCCUCACUAAUCUCAAACCAGGUGUGAUACGUUGCCUGAGAGUCCACAAUGCGUCCAUUAUGCAGUCCAUCACUGCUGUCAUCGUUCCUAGUCCUGCUUCUCACCUCGGCGGAGACUGCCUCAGUGGACAGCGAUAAAUGGCCCUACGAUCUUCCUGCAGAUGUCAAGUAUUAUCCCGAGCACGAGCGGCUGGUGCGGAGGAAUAUCGAAGCGCAUUCGCGGCUAAGAAGAGAUGCUCAGCCGACCGCGGUACGGAAGAUGUCCGGCGACGAAGGAGAGAUGUUCUUCCUCGACUACUGGCAGCUCGGGCAAAGUUCAGAUGAAGCGUGGGCGUCCGAAAGCGCAUUUUCAGAUGGGUCUCCAGAUCCUGACGACAAUACUGUCGCAUCUGUCCCGGCCCCUUUAGACCACGACCGCCUCGCCCAUCGAUCGAAUCUCUCAGAUCCGACUCCCCUCCAACCCUUCCUUCUCCACUCGAACGCAACAGAACAAGAGCAUCGAUGGCUAUGGGGCCGCAGUAGGCUAUCUAGACGGGACUUCCUAUGCCCCCUCGGAACGGAGAGCUGCGCAGGGAUCGGCCGACCCAACUCCUGCUGCGGAGCUGGCGAGACUUGCGUGCAGGUGGACGAUACGGGUCUGGGCGACGUCGGCUGUUGUCCUCAAGGUUCGAAUUGCGGAGGGGAGCUGUCGUCGUGUGACACCGCGGCGGGGUAUCAGGCAUGUCCUAAUAGCCCGAACGGCGGAUGCUGUAUACCGAACUACGCCUGCCUCGAUGUUGGAUGCAUCGUUGCGUCCACCAUGACAACGACCGUAACGCUCCCAGUCGUUACAGUCACCACCGGUCGCCCCUCAACCACUCCGACGCCUCCCCCACCGUCUACCACCCAAACGCAACCACUGACCUGCAGCCCCGGCUUCCAAUCAUGCCCCGCAUCGCUCGGCGGCGGCUGCUGUCCUUCCGACCGCGGCUGUGGACCUACCGAUUGUCCUCCGCUUAGCACCGCGGCCCCUCCCGUGCGACCCACUGGCAGCACGACAAUCACCUCUCCUCCACCUACGUCCGCGGCACCGACAACGACCCUCCCACCCAUCUCCGGCUGCCCGGGCGGAUUCUACAUGUGCUCCGCGUUCUACAUCGGUGGCUGCUGCCGCGUCGGCCGCGAUUGCGCGGAGACCAGUUGUCCGAGAGCGGAGAGCACCACUACGGUCGACGCCAAUGGGGUCACCGUCGUUGCGCCGGUGGGAGAUGGACCAGCGACGACGGCGGGAUCGUGUGCAUCGGGGUGGUUCAGUUGCCCUGCGGACGCGAAUGGCGGGUGUUGUCCGACUGAUUAUGCGUGUGGAACUGGGGCGCAGUGCUCGGCGACGGCGGGUGGUGGGGGGGCAGUUGAGAAGGUUCCGGCUAGCAGUGCGAGCAUGCAUGGGGUUAGGGGAGGGGUUGUUUGUAUCAUCGUGGGAAUGCUUGGGUUACUGCUGGUUUUAUGAAUGAAUGAUGAGGAACGAGCAACGAUAAGCGGAGCUGCAUUCUUAUAGAUUUUGGAGUCGGGUUCUGGAACUGUAUAUAGUAUGGUGCCGAUGUAUGAACCACCUGUUCUAUGAUUAAUUGGCCUAGUUUUGGCCAAAGGGCUCUGUCAAUGGAGAGAAACCGCAGUACUGCUUAGUAGUAUAGGGUAGGAUACAUGUUGAGAUAAAGGUAUUACGGAAUAUCAGACGAGGCCCUCGGAGUUAACGACUGAGGCAACGGAUUUACAAGACUCCUGCUUGGUCG